CAUAAUGCAAGCCUGAGUUAACGCGGCAGCAACAUGUGCGAAGUUGCGAACCACACUGAGGCAACCAAUACUGGCAUACUCUCCCCUUCACCACAAGAAGGACAGCACUGACAGAAGACAGGAUUUCACACCGCGUAUCGCUUUGUGCUGCGUAGGAGUGACCGCGUGCAGGGACACAGGGGCACUACCAGCAUCCCAGAGGAGGAGCAAUGAGUGGCGAUGGUGGGCAGGGGACAGCAGGAGGGAUUGUGCUUAACUUAUCACGCGGUCCAGCAGGAGGCAGGCAGAGUUACUUCCAGAGUCACCACAAGAGGGAGGCAGAGGAUGCUUUCCCACCCAAGAAGCGUCCCAAGACAGCCCAUGCCCCUGAGGCCAAGCAGGAUGCAGUGACCCCUGCCGAUGCCGGGAGGGAGACAGACCAUUCUCCCAAGCCCUCCGCUGGAAAUGAGGGUGAUGCCCCAAAUGAAGAGAAGAAGGAGAUUGUCACCUCCCUCUUCACCGGCAAUCCAGCCAUCCCAUUCAUUCCCAAAUCUGACGUGACCAAGCUCUCAGAAAAGGUCUUCUCAGAGGAGUCCUUCUCUUCACUGGAUCUCGCUCCACAGAUUGUGUCAAAUUUGGAGAAAUUGGGAUUCACAUCCAUGACAUCAGUGCAACAACAAGCCAUUCCAUCCAUCCUGGGUGGUAAAGACACAUUAGUCAAAUCACAGACUGGCUCUGGCAAGACCCUCACCUAUGCACUCCCCAUCCUCCACUCCCUCAUGAUGCAAGUGCCCCGUGUGCAGCGCAGUGAUGGGGUGCUGGCACUGGUGGUAGUUCCCACAAGGGAGCUGGCCCUGCAGAGCUACCAGUGGUUUGAGAAGCUGCACAAGUCAUGUGUGUGGGUGGUGCCUGGAUACCUCAUUGGUGGAGAGAAGAAGAAAGCAGAGAAGGCUCGCCUUCGCCGGGGCAUCAACAUCCUGGUGGGCACACCAGGCCGCCUCAUUGACCACUUGCACAGCACCCGCAGCCUCAGCCUUGCCUCUGUCAGGUUCUUGGUGAUUGAUGAAGCUGACCGACUCCUGGACAUGGGAUAUGAACGCAGCAUCACCAGCAUCAUUGAAACUCUUCAUGAGCAGCAGCCAGGGGCAAUCUCCUCCAGACAAACUAUCAUGUUGUCUGCUACUCUGUCUGCUGGAGUGGAGAAACUGGCAGGCAUGAGUCUUGUGGAGCCCAAGGUGGUGGAUGUGAGCUGUGAGGACAGCACUGAGAGCCAGCUGACCUCUGAGGCACUGGCCACUCCAGCCAACCUGUCCCACCAUUACCUGCUGGUGCCUGCCAAGCUGAGGCUGGUCACCCUGGCAGCCUUCAUCCUCUCCAAGUGUAAGUGUGGCGAUGAGAGGAAAAUGAUCAUUUUCUUUGCAACACAAGACAUGGUGGACUACCACACAGCCUUGUUCUCCAAGGUCCUCUCCAGAUAUGGGCAGGAAGUUAAGAGUAAAACUUCACUUCUGCGGCGAGCAGAGAAGGUUUUGGCCGGGGAAGAGGAUGAUGGGGAGGGGAGCCAUGAUGAGGAGGAUGUGGAAGAAGAAGAGGAAGAGGAGGAGGAGCUAGAGCAAGGAAAGUCAAGAGAAAGACCAGAUGUCAUCCUAUUCCAAAAACUUCAUGGCAGUAUGACACAACAGGAUCGCUCUGCUGUGUUCAAGUCCUUCAAGGAUGCUGCAGCUGGAGUUCUGAUGUGCACAGAUGUUGCCUCAAGGGGCCUGGACAUGCCCAAGGUGAGGUGGAUUGUGCAGUUCAGCGCAGCAUGCACCGCAGCGGACUAUGUGCAUCGUGUUGGCCGUACCGCCCGAGUCAAUGCCCUUGGCUCGGCCCUUGUCUUCCUGGCCCCAGCUGAGGCUCCCUACAUUCAAAUGCUGGAGAGCCACAAGAUUACACUGAAGGAGAUCAACAUGCAAGGUGUGCUGAGGAACCUCAUGCUGCCUUUAGAUCCUAACAGCAGAAAGCCUGUGGCCAACACCAUGGAGGAAGCUGCCACCAAGCUACAGUUGCAAAUAGAGAAGCUGCUUCUCUCAGACAGUGGCUUCCGUGACCUAGCCAGGAAAGCCUACGUGUCCUUUGUUCGGUCAUACGCUUCGUAUCCAAAGGAGGUGCGGGAGAUGUUCAACUUCAAGGCACUGCACCUUGGCCACUAUGCCAAGAGCAUGGGCCUGCGGGACUCUCCAGCAGCAUUGGGGGCUGGCGCUGCCUUCAGGGCCAAGAAGGAGAUGAAGGAGAGGAGGGAGAAAAAGGAGAAGAAGAGGAAAAUCCAGGUGAUGAACCAGAGGUGUGGCAACCUGCCUAAGACAGCCAGCAUGUCUGAGUUUGACAGUGGCCUCGAUUCCAUGCCCAAGAACAAGACUAAGACCAAGACCAAAAAGAAGAUCAAAUAGUGAUGGCAUGGCAGAUGUGAGUUGAUAUGUCUGUCUGCCAAUUCAGCAAUGUUUUUAUCCUAGGAGGUUCAUCAAGUGUGUGUGUGUGUGUGUGUGUGUGUGUGUGUGUGUGUGUGUGUGUGUGUGUGUGUGUGUGGAAAUCAACAUUGCUGUAUAUUUUUAAUACAAAAAUGCAAUAUAAACCUAUGAUGUAUA